AUGGCGUCUUACCAGAAUCGACCCGGAGCUCAGGCAACUGACGAGUACGGAAACCCGGUCCAGCAGUUGGACGAGUAUGGUAACCCCAUUGGCGGCGGUGUAGGAGGAGCAGGUUACGGAACUGGUGGAGGAGCCAUGGGUGGGACCUACGGGACGGGUGGCGAAGGAUACGGGACUGGAGUUGGAGGCUUGGGAGCUGGCGCAGGAGGUAGGCACCAUGGCCAGGAACAACUCCACAAGGAAAGUGGUGGUGGCUUGGGAGGAAUGCUUCACCGCUCUGGAUCCGGAUCCAGCUCUAGCUCGGAGGAUGAUGGACAAGGUGGGAGGAGGAAGAAGAAGGGAAUAGCCGGUAAGAUUAAGGAAAAGCUGCCAGGUCAUCAUGAUCAGUCUGGUCAAUCUCAAGGAAUGGGCACUACCACCGGUUACGGUACCGGGGCUGGUGGUUAUGAUGCCGGAGGUUACGGUGGGGAGCGCCACGAGAAGAAGGGGAUGAUGGACAAGAUCAAGGAAAAGCUUCCAGGUGGUGGUGGUCGUUAA